GGGUCGGGGGGCAGACUGGGUAACCCCCAUCCCAACCUAUGACUCACGUGCGGAGGCGGAGACUCCAUUAUCGGAUUCACCACCGGAGCACAGUCCCGUACUCACUCGUCGGACGACCGUACUGUUUGCUCAGAACACUACCUUCAUCCCGACACCAGCUAAAUAUCGUUUUCCCUUUGCUUACGCCUCGUUUACAAUGUAAAGAAAAUGGCCGCGAAAAGCGCUGAUUGGGUGGAGAUCCUGGAGCCACGCUCCCGUGAGCGUAUGUAUGUGAACUUGACCACUGGGGAGUGCGGCUGGGAUCCCCCUUCAGGAGUUCCUGUCCGCCAGGCAGAUGGUAACCAGUGGUGGGAGCUGUUCGACCACCACAGUGGCCGCUUCUACUACUACAACUCUACCGGGCGGCGCACAGUCUGGCAUCGACCCCAGGACGCUGAUAUUGUGCCCCUCUCCCAGCUCCAGGCUAUGAGGCGAUGCAGUGAGGCCAAGCGGGCUGGAGGAGGCGUGGACAGGCACCACCAUGGGACUACAGGGAGUAUAAGCAGUGUAGGGAGCCAGGGGCGCUUCACACCUUUGCCCGAGCAGGACGGAGACAGCCCUGUCCCCGGAGCUCCGGAGACCAAUGAGGAGGCUGCCACCCCCCAGCUGGACCCGGCAGAGGACAACAGACUGCAGGGAGACGGAAGCAGCACCGAAAACAGCUCAGACGGCAGUAAAGACCCACAGAGUGAUGCUUCUCAAAGAUGGCAGCCUGCACCUGGUUCUAAGGCGGCCAUGUUGGUGAAGGUGAACAGCAUGAGCCGUAGCCAGCCCAUCCCAGCCUUGCAGCAGCACCUCCAGCACAGUGUAAACAGCAAAGCCAACACCUUCACCCAGCACCCCUCUGGCAACAAGACCCAAGGAGGACACAUAAACUCUACCCAGGGAUAUAAAACCGCCCCUUCUGGCAAAAUGACAGCUGACGCACGUCAGGCCCAUCACCUGAGAAAGGCCAGCAACGGCAGCUUCUGUUUGGUGACAUCAGACAGUACCCAUCCCAGUCCGCUCCUUCACAGGUCACAGACCAGCACGCCAUGCCCUGCCUCUCCCCAGUAUGGCUGCACUAACCCAAUCUAUGAUGAGCCAGUUUCAGAAUGUCCCAUAUAUGAUGAACCCCCAACAGACAUGGAGGUAGAGGGGGCGCACCUGUACAGCGGACAACCUCUGUCUCGCCUGACACCUACACAUAGCCUCCAAAAACCCAAACACCUCCAGCACCCUGGUUCAUCUCAUCCAGGGUCCAGACACAGGAGGAAUCCCUCCGCCUCUGACUACAGCCCAGCUGGUCUGGAGUGCAUCAAGCACAUGAUUAACGUGGACCCCAAACAGGGGCUCCUACCCGGCUCUCCUGUACCCACACGCAGCCCUUCCCCUACUACCAGGCAGGAUGCUGUCUUGACCCCACCUCAGCCACUCCCCCAGCUCCAGGCCCACUCUUUGCCCCAGGCUCGUGGCCAGUUAAGGGACAGAGAGCCAGGGACGCCUGGCCCAAGUACGCUGGACAAGAAGCAAAGCUGGCGGGUCCUGGAGGCCACUGUCCAGCGUGCCAUGGAGGCACGACACAGCAGGCAGAGCAGCCAGGCCUCGCAGGACUUCCCUUCCUCAACCCCCCAGGCCACGGCGAACUAUCAAGACUCUGGUUACUCCACCGGCCCCUCCCCAAGUCUAAGAAGAAAGAGCAGAAGGAGGGUGGGAGCCGGCGGCGGUGCAGGAGGCAGGCCGGGGUCGGUGGGCAGCAGCGGGGAGCUGUGUGCACUCAACGAGAGGCUCAUGGCCGAGAUGAGAGAAGUGGUGAGUCGCUCCAACACCAUGAGGGAGGUGAGAGCAGGGCUGGACCCAGAGAUUGGGGAGAGGGUUGUCGCACCUCGGACGCGCUCCCCUGCGGACUCUCUCAGGUGGUACGGGGGAGUCGGAGGAGGGUCAGCAAUCAGGUGCGCAUCACGAGAGGAACUCACUGGGGCUCCGCGGUCACUGAGUAGGGCAGGUAAUCAUGGCAACCCUGCGCUGACCCCUCUAGAGAUACCAGGGAGGCAGAAAAGGACCUAUGAAAAGGUGGACACCUUGGAGAUGAGCGUGAACAGCCAGGCCAGCCUGUCAUCACCAGAAACCCCAGGACCACCCUCACAGACGGGCACCCUAGAGCUGCAGGCUCAGUUGGAGAGCAGGAAGAAAGGCAUGGUGGAUGGGCGCACCGCCUCUCUGGGCCCUCACCGCCCUGCCAACCAUGACAACAUAGAGGGAGUUGACGGGGCAGGAGGAAGAGCACGGGGAUCCUCCUACCAGCUCUCCUACGCCACCCUGCGGCAGCCCCCGCCUCCCGACAUUGGCAUGGAGGACUGGGCCAGCAAGCACCUCAACAUGCACACACAAGGCCUGUUCCGUCGGCGCGUCUCCAUUGCCAACAUGCUGUCGUGGAACCGCGGAUCCAUCAAAAAGCCCAUGCUGGUCACCAGCAACCGCGCUGUCAGGAAGGAGGCCUGCGAGAUGUUCAAACUGUUGCAGGCCUACAUGGGAGACAGGCCUUCGCGUCUGGACCGCCGCCACUGUGCCCUCCUCAUCAUCACCAAGUGCUGGGACAUGCCGGGGCUACGGGACGAGCUGUACGUGCAGCUGGUGAGGCAGACCACGGGCAACGCCACCCCAAGAAGCUUGGCGGCAGGCUGGGAGCUGAUGGCCGUCAGCUUGGCGUUCUUUGCCCCCUCGCCCAAAUUCCGCUGCUACCUGGAGGGCUACAUCCAGAGACACACGGAGCCCACCAGCGACAAGAAAUGUGAGUCUCAGACUGAGCAAGACGUGACUCAGUUCAUAUUGGAUCAGCAAGAACUAAAGCUGAAGAAGAAUUCAAAGUCCAGAAAGAAGCGGAAACAGAAUGCAGAUGAUGAAGAAGGUCUGCCGAUCAGCACAUAUGCCAAGUUCUGCCAUCGGAAACUGCUGAAGGUGGCGAUCACCGGAGGCAAAAAGGGUCUACGUAAGCCCACCUUGGAGGAGAUCGACCACAGUAGGCGGGCCAUCGUCACUCCCUCCCUGUUUGGCAGCUCUCUGGAAGAGGUGAUGGAGAGGCAGAGCGAGCUCUUCCCAGAUAGAAAACUUCCCUGGGUGCAGGUUCAGCUUUCCCAGUAUGUUCUGGCUCUGGGUGGGGCUCAGACAGAGGGCAUCUUCAGAGUGCCUGGAGACAUUGAUGAAGUGAAUGCGUUGAAGCUCCAAGUAGACCAGUGGAGGAUCCCAGAGAAUCUCUCUGACCCCAAUGUUCCUGCCUCUCUCAUGAAGCUGUGGUAUCGGGAGCUGGAGGAGCCUCUCAUCCCGAUGAACUUCUACAAGCAGUGCGUCAAUAACUGUGACGACCCAGUGGCGGCCAUCGCCGUGGUUCAGUCUCUGCCGGAGCUCAACAGGCUGGUGCUCUGCUACUUCAUCCACUUCCUGCAGGUAUUCGCUCAGCCAUCCAACGUUGCUAUAACCAAGAUGGAUGUGAACAACCUGGCCAUGGUGAUGGCCCCCAACUGCCUUCGGUGCCAAUCCGACGACCCGCGGAUCAUCUUCGAGAACACGCGCAAAGAGAUGUCCUUCCUGAGAAUGCUCAUCGUUCACCUGGAAACCAGUUUCAUCGAAGGGGUGGUGUAACCGCAGAGCUCACGUCUGGUGCUGAAUCAGCAUCUCCAGCUACACAUCUAACAAUCAGGCAUAAACACUGUUUUCUGUUCAGACCACACUGGAAACUCUGGGGUGAGAUAUUACUCCUCUUGCAACACAAGCGGUGUGAAAACAGCUCGAACUUUGGACCCUUGUUCUCACUUGUUUUCUUACUGAGAGACGACACACAUCACCGUAGGGUUCAUUGUUUUAUUUUGAUACUAAAAUCAACAGUGACGGUUUGAAAGUGACUCACUUUAAUGACUCUAUUUUCUAACCGCUGCAUGUGAAAACAGAUUUGCUCUUUAAUUUCUUACUGAAUGGGUAGUACUACAGUUUCAUUGGACAAAUGUGUAAAGUGAGAGUCUUACAGUAUUCACUUGCACAACAAACCUAAAGACAUUGUGGUUUCAUUCAAGUGUGUUUGUGUGUGUGUGUGAUUGUCAGAGUGUGAACGAAAGACACAGCCUUCUUUCAUCAUGUACAGAAAAAAUAUUAAAAAAAGGUUAAAUAAUUCUUGUAAUGGUGUCUUAUUGAUAAGCUUUGCCUGUGCUGUUUUGAUUAGUUGUACUGAAAACUGGUCUCCUCUUAUGUCACGAGACACAUGAAGCCGCACUGCCACAACUAUUCUGACAGAGUGUAGAGCCUUCAUUUCAAAGCACAAACUGGAAGGAUGUUCAGAAAUCUCUUUAAACAGGGUGGCAGUCUUCUAAGAAAAUAAUAGCGGAAGUGCUUCAAUUUUACGACUCUAAACACUCAAGUGAAGCCAAACGAGAGGGUUGUAAUUGCAGUGAUGUGGGAGCUGGUAAUACAACUCUUUCUCUAUUAUCUAUAAAAAAGUCCUUCAAGUGGAAUUGUGUUCUCUUUUGUUUGUGGUCUCUAUGUGUUUUGGCUCAGGUCUUAUGAUAAAAACGGGUGCUAGAUGUGAUGACUGUACACGGCUUCCCCUCAGACUGAAAUUUGAAUAAUCUACACAAACCCCGUACUGAGAAUGGAGUAUUGUUCAAGCACUAUGACAAUGUAGAUGAAGCUUAUUUGUGUCCCUUCUCAGGCUUUGCCGAUGUACAUAAAUAUAAUGCGUGUAAAUAAUAUUAACUCUCCUACUCUAAUGAUCCAGGUUAAGGGUGAAGUAAAAUGUUGCUGUAAAGAGCAAAACAAAUAGUUUUUUUGUAAUUAACUGUUAAUUUCUCUGCUGUAACCGCCUGCCUUUUGAACGUAGGACUGAUUCAAACCACUUUCUGUGUGUGUGUGUGUGUGUGUGUGUGUGUGUGUGUGUAUAUAUGUGUGUUUGCAUACCUUCUUGUUAUAAUAUGGAAUGGCUGUCCAUAAAUAAAGAUUUGUUCAAUUGUA